UUUGGUUUUGUUGUUGUGCUCUGGGCACCAUGUCAAAUUCGGGCUCCCAUCAAGACACUGGGAACAAGCCAGAGACAGAAAAAAAUAACCAAGAUGACUCUCAACCCCCCGUCAACUCCGAGAGGAGGAACAAAAGUGGAAUAAUAAGUGAACCUUUGAACAAAAGUCUUAAGAAGUCCCGUCCACUCUCCCACUAUUCCACCUUUGGUAGCAGCAGCUCGGUAAGCGAACAUUCAGAGAAAGGCAACCCCUUAGCUAAUGGCAACGAAGCGACUGUGGAUAAAAGUCAUUCUACCUCAAAGCACAAAAACAUCUCUAGUAUGCUGAGCAAAUUAGACCGGGUGUCGGAGAUCUCCUCAGAAGGACAGACCGCCCUACAACAAUUUGCUCAGUCGACAGAAAUGCUCAAAAGAGUGGUACAGGAGCAUCUUCCUCUCGCAAGCGACCACGGGACUGGUAUCUCUGACAUGGAGGCAGUCUCAGCUGCAGAGACAAUGAACGGCCCCUCUGAUUUUCCUUACCUGGGGGCUUUUCCCAUCAACCCAGGCCUUUUCAUUAUGACCCCUGCCGGCGUGUUUCUGGCAGAGAGCGCGCUCCAUAUGGCUGGCUUGGCAGAAUAUCCCAUGCAGAAUGAGUUGGCAUCUGCCAUCAAUUCGGGGAAAAAGAAACGGAAAAGAUGCGGCAUGUGCCCGCCCUGCCGAAGACGGAUAAACUGCGAGCAGUGCAGCAGUUGUAGGAAUCGCAAAACUGGCCACCAGAUUUGCAAAUUCCGAAAAUGUGAAGAACUCAAAAAGAAGCCUUCUGCAGCACUGGAGGUAACCGGCCCCUCUCAGGCACCCUAACCCCUCCUCGGGCUGCGCUCCUGGGUUCGGAUCUUGCCCUAGAUAAUAAAACACCUGGUACUUC